UUUUAGUGUCAUAUUUUUUCUCCUUUCUAACGUAAGCAACAAAAUUAAAAGUUUUCCUUGAAUGGCACGUUUUCCGCAUAAAACCCUUCUGCAUCUUCUGGCACCUUUCCUAGUCUUGGCCACAUUUUGGGAGGACGCUCUAUACACGGCAUGGUUUUCGGACAGAACCUGCGAAGAGAUGGUCAUGGUAUUGGGGAUUCCGAAAUGGUUUGCCGAACUCAUACUUAUGGUAGACACACUGCAGACCCUUGUCAUCUCGUUACUAAUCAUUUGCCGAUUUCACGUGUUGGCGGGCGUGGUUAUGCUGCUUGUUCAGUUAUUGGCAGAUACUAUGCUAUUCGAUGUGUGGCAGUUAUUGCGCGAAUUCGGCGUGGCAGGUUGUGUGGUAUUGCUGCUGCUGUUUGAGCGACAGAGGCUUAAGGGCGAAAUUCCCGAAAUAGGCCAGGAUGUGCAACAAGUGCUGUUGCUAUUAGCACGCAUUUGUAUGGCCUGCGCCUGCCUGCUCUGGCUGAAGGACAUAAAUGAGCUCAUAUUCGAUGUCUUUGCAUUCGUCUGCCUGGUCUUCAUAUUAUUUGGGUUUCACUGCAAAUUUGUCUCCGCUCUGACCGCCUUUGCCCUGCUCGUCUGCAAUGUGCUGAAGAAUGGCUUCUGGUGGCAGAAUCCCACGUCGGAGGACAACGACGCCGAACUCUUUUGUCGCACACUGACAAUGGUCGGGGGUUAUCUGUUGUUGGCACAACUAGGACCUGGCAAAUGGUCCCUGGAUUCGUACAGAGUGUACGUGUAGAAGUGUGUGAUGUGCACAUACAUAUAUACCCAAUCAAUCUAUGGCGGCGUUUCCAUUCCUUUCAAGCGCUUACUGCCAUCUGAGUGGUGGAGGAAAAAAAAAAGAAACAGCUACCUGGAAGCUACCUUUGGCAGUUUGCUUGUCGGAUUAAGACGUGAAAGUCAUUAAGUGUUGGGCGUUUGUUUGUUUCUCGUCGCUACGGCAAAAAGUCUGAGUUUAUUCCUCCACAGGAAUUUGCACACGUGUAUGUGUGUGGGUGGAUGAGGUGAAGCGAAAUAAACGAAAUACGCGUACAAACAAAAAAGA